CAUACAGCAAAACAUGGUUUGGCAACGCGUAGGAAGCUCUUGCACAAAGCAUUGCUCACGUCCCACUGGUGGUCUGAAGAUCUAUAUAAGAGCUCUCCAAAUGCUUCGGUUUCAUAGACGACAGCUCUUCAUCUACGCUUCUCCAGACCUGGUUUAUCUAAACACAAAAGAUGUCUUCUGGAGGACUACUGAGCAGUAGAUGCUCCCAACCCUGCGAGGUGACCUGCCCACAGCCAUACGCUGAUGCCUGGAAUGAGCCCUGCGUCACCUCCUGUGGGGACUCCCGUGCCGUGGUUUACCCACCACCCGUGGUCAUCACCUUCCCGGGGCCCAUCCUCAGCUCGUGCCCUCAGGAGAGCAUCGUGGGCACUGCGUUCCCAUCACCCAUUGGCGGGUCUCAUGGAGCAUCAGGCUCUCUAGAAGGAGGUUCCUACGGAGGCUUUGGCUCAUCAGGGAUGGGUGGCUCGUACGGUGGGGGCAGUUCCCUAGGAGUGGGAGGCUCGUAUGGAGGAGGUAGUUCAUUUGGCUCUGGGGGCUCCUACGGAGGAGGCAGUUCCUUGGGAAUAGGAGGCUCCUAUGGAGGAGGUAGUUCAUUUGGCUCUGGGGGCUCCUACGGAGGUGGCAGUUCCCUGGGAGUGGGAGGCUCCUAUGGAGGAGGUAGCUCGUUUGGCUCGGGGGGCUUGUAUGGAGGAAGCAGGUCAUUUGGGGGCUCAGGCGGAGGCAGAAGAUCCUUUAGUUCCCGCUCAUAUGGUGGGGGCUUUGGGAGCUCCUUCGGAGGAGGCAGCUCCUGUGGUUACCGGCGGUUUGGUGGAGGAAGCUGUGGCUACGGUUAUUUCUGAAGAGGCGACACCUCCCGCUCCGGCAGCCCUGGGCUGUGCUAACCUCGCAGGGGAAGCUGCAACCUGGUGAUGUCCACGCCAUCGGCUUUGCUGGCAGACGUGGAGCUGCAUUGCUUCCCCAAGCCUUGGGAAAUGUCCUUUGUGUUCUGCGUUCCUGUCCUCCCCAAAUGUAUCCUGUGCUUCCCUCUCAUUAAAGCUAUUUUGCAUCACUAUGUUCA